AGACGGCUGUGUUUGCAUGUUGAUAUCAGAAGAGGGAGGAGAGAGAUCUAGCUCUGGAAGUGGAGUAUGUAGUGUACGAGGACUCCACGGUGGCUAACUGUAGUUAGCCAUUCCGACAAACCUUUGUUUUUGGGCAUGCAGGGAUAAAUACCCACGUAGUGCAUGGGAGUAGAACUGAUCAUAGAAAGUUUAACGAUUCAUCACGCAAGCUAUUUUGGAGAACGCCAUUCUUACCCUGUACAUUUGCCUACGACUGUGAGGCAGUCACAAAAUCCAUGUAAUUUGAGAGUUUCUAAAGUUGGAUUUUAAACACUGCGGACUGUUUUAGAAACACAUUUUUGAAAUUGAAGCAAAGCAUUUCGGAGCGCCCAAAAAGAGAAGGGGAGGGGGGUCAAAGAAAACGCCCUGUUGCUGAAUCUUCUAAAAAUGUUAACUUAAUCGCCGUGUGGACCUUAGAGAACAUUUAUUUGGAAUAUGUUACCAUAAGUUUUUACCUUAAUUUGCGUUUAACGACAUCUCCUAACUAAUUGGCAAGUUUGAGGAGCGGCGCUUCUCCCUUCACGGUGGAUUAUGUUUUCCCCUUCAUUGUGGACACUGUAAUCCCGAAGCGAUUUCAGAGGGCGGUGAGUCGGAGGCUGCUAGGCCCACGGCGAUUGCUCAAGAACUAAAAUAUUUUUUUCUCAUGUAAACUCUUAAGACUUCUCGUAAGGCUCGUCUUAUAUGUAAACGAAACGGGCAUUAAUCAAUCGCAAAGAUGUCGCUUGGUGCAGAGAGAAGGAUGGAAAACCGGUUGAAAAAGCUGGAGGCCAUGAUCAAAGAUCCAAGAUCUGCGAUAAACUUAGAAAGUUUACUGGAUUCUAUCAAUGCCUUCGUUCUAGAUCUGGACUACCCUGCCCUACGGAAAAACAAAAACAUAGAAACCUUUUUAAACAGAUAUGAGAAGGUGAUGGGGCACAUACGGGACUUUCAGAUGAGGUCUGAGGACUUUGACAGGGUGAAAGUGAUCGGCAGAGGGGCGUUUGGUGAGGUUCAGCUGGUUCGACACAAAGCCUCUCAGAAAGUGUAUGCCAUGAAGUUGCUGAGCAAGUUUGAGAUGAUCAAACGAUCUGACUCUGCCUUCUUCUGGGAGGAGAGGGAUAUUAUGGCCUUCGCCAACAGUCCCUGGGUUGUACAAUUGUGCUGUGCCUUCCAAGAUGACCGUUACCUCUACAUGGUGAUGGAGUACAUGCCUGGAGGGGACCUGGUGAACCUCACCAGUACCUACGAUGUGCCUGAGAAGUGGGCCCGGUUCUAUACGGCCGAGGUGGUCAUGGCACUGGAUGCCAUCCACUCCCUGGGUUUCAUCCACCGCGACGUCAAGCCUGACAACAUGCUCCUGGACCGCCACGGACACCUCAAACUGGCCGACUUCGGAACCUGCAUGAAGAUGGACUCGACUGGGAUGGUGCACUGUGACACAGCGGUUGGCACUCCAGACUACAUCUCUCCUGAGGUUCUGAAGUCGCAGGGUGGAGAUGGUUACUAUGGACGGGAGUGUGACUGGUGGUCUGUAGGGGUCUUCAUCUUCGAGAUGCUAGUCGGUGACACACCGUUCUAUGCAGACUCCCUUGUUGGAACCUACAGUAAGAUCAUGGACCACAAGAAUUCCCUCAACUUUCCAGAUGACGUAGAGAUCUCCAAAGAUGCCAAAAACUUAAUCUGUGCCUUCUUGACAGACAGGGAGGUACGACUGGGCCGCAACGGGGUGGAGGAGAUCAAGCGACACCCCUUUUUCAAGAAUGACCAAUGGAACUUUGACAGCAUUAGAAACACGGCCGCUCCUGUGGUUCCAGAAUUGAGCAGUGACAUUGACACCAGUAACUUUGAUGAGAUAGAAGAUGACAAGGGUGACGUGGAGACCUUCCCUACUCCUAAGGCCUUUGUGGGCAACCAGCUUCCCUUCGUCGGCUUCACAUACUUCAAGGAGGACCAGUUACUAAGCGGUGUAAAUAACUCAACAGUUGUGACUGUGAACUCAACAGCCUUGAAAGGAGAGGAUAUUGUGAUGUCAGCCAAGCUGCAGAAGAAACUCCACCAGCUGGAAGAGCAGCUCAAUAAUGAGAUGCAGACCAAAGAUGAGCUGGAGCACAAGUGCAGAACUGCCACCAGUCGUCUAGAGAAAACCUCCAAAGAUCUUGAUGAAGAAGUGAGUAGCAGGAAGGCUCUGGAGUCGAGUCUGAGGCAGCUGGAGAGAGAGAAGGCUCUACUGCAGCACAAGACUGUGGAGAGCCAUCGCAAGGCAGAGAGUGAGGCAGACAGGAAACGCUGCCUGGAGAACGAGGUCAACAGCCUACGAGACCAGCUGGACGAAAUGAAGAAGAGAAAUCAGAACUCACACAUAUCCAACGAGAAAAACAUUCACUUACGAAGACAGCUGGACGAGGCCAAUGCUCUGUUGCGUGCGGAGCAGGAGGUGGCCACAAGGCUGAGGAAGGCCCAGACGGAAACAGGCAAGCAGCUGCAAGCUCUGGAGGCUGGGGGCAGAGAGCUGCAGGACAAGUGCUGCCUGCUGGAGCGCUCCAAGCUCACGCUGGAGAAGGAGUUCAUCGGUCUGCAGGCAGCACUGGAGGCUGAGAGGAGAGAACACAGCCAGGGCUCUGAGACCAUCACAGACAUGCAGGGGCGAAUCUCGGGGCUGGAGGAUGAUGUUUGGCAGGUGAGACAGGCCCUUUCCAAGGCAGAGACUGAGAAGAGACAGCUACAGGAGAAACUCACUGAUCUGGAGAAGGAGAAGAACAACAAGGAAAUAGACAUGACGUACAAGCUGAAGGUGUUGCAACAGGGGCUGGAGCAGGAGGAGGCAUCACACAAAGCCACCAAGGCACGGCUCGCGGACAAGAGCAAGAUUGAGUCGAUCGAAGGCGCCAAGUCUGAGGCCAUGAAGGACAUGGAGCAGAAGCUGCAGGAGGAGAGGGCGUCAAAGCUGCGUGUGGAGAACAGGAUGUUGGAGCUGGAGAAACAUAGCAGCAUGCUGGACUGCGACUACAAGCAGUCCCUGCAGAAACUAGACGAGCUUCGCAGGCACAAGGAGAGGCUCACCGAGGAGGUGAAGAACCUGACCCUGAAGAUCGAGCAAGAGACCCAGAAGCGCAGUCUUACCCAGAAUGACCUGAAGGCCCAGAACCAGCAACUAAAUGCCCUGAAGACCUCUGAGAAGCAGCUGAAACAGGAGGCCAACCACCUGCUGGAAAUCAAACGCAGCCUGGAGAAACAGAACCAGGAGCUACGCAAAGAAAGGCAGGACUCAGAUGGCCAAAUGAAGGAACUUCAGGACCAGCUAGAGGCUGAGCAGUAUUUUUCUACGCUGUAUAAGACCCAGGUGCGGGAGUUGAAGGAGGAAUGUGAAGAGAAGAGCAAACUCUACAAGGACAUACAGCAGUCACUUCAGGAGUUACAAGAGGAGAGGGACUCCCUGGCGGCGCAGCUGGAGAUCACUCUGACCAAAGCAGACUCGGAGCAGCUGGCUCGCUCCAUCGCUGAGGAGCAGUACUCAGACUUGGAGAAGGAGAAGAUCAUGAAGGAGCUGGAGCUCAAGGAGAUGAUGGCCCGACACAAGCAGGAGCUGGGCGAGAAGGACAUCACCAUUGGCUCGCUGGAGGAGGCCAACCGAACCCUCACCAGCGACGUGGCUAACCUGGCCAAUGAGAAGGAGGAGCUCAACAACAAACUCAGGGAGACGCUUGAAGAGCUGCAGACAUCCAAGGAUGACGAACAGCAGAUGAGCCAGAUGAAGCUCACGUUUGAGAAGCAGCUCCAGUCAGAGAGAACACUGAAGACCCAGGCUGUGAACAAGCUGGCGGAGAUCAUGAACAGGAAGGAGGUACGUGCGGCAGGCAGUCGGCGCGGCAACGACACUGACGUACGCAGGAAGGAGAAGGAGAAUAGGAAGCUGCAGCUGGAGCUGAGAUCGGAGAAGGAGAAACUCAACUCUUCUAUCAUCAAGUACCAGAGAGAGAUCAAUGACAUGCAGGCGCAAAUAGCGGAUGAGAGUCAGGUACGCAUUGAGCUGCAGAUGGCCCUGGACAGUAAGGAUAGUGACAUAGAGCAGCUACGUAACCUCCUCAGCUCCGCCAAUGUUUCCUCCCUGGAAUCAGCCAGUAUCAACAGUGGACCAGACUUUGAUGCGGACGACGCCUACACAGAAAUGAGACUAGAGGGAUGGCUCUCACUGCCGGUGAGGAACAACACAAAGAAGUUUGGAUGGGAGAGAAAGUAUGUGGUUGUAAGCAGCAAGAAGAUUCUGUUCUAUAACAACGAACAGGACAAAGAGCUAUCCAACCCCUACAUGGUGCUGGAUAUCGAUAAACUCUUCCAUGUGCGACCUGUCACUCAAACAGAUGUUUACCGUGCUGACGCCAAAGAGAUCCCCAGGAUAUUCCAGAUUCUGUAUGCCAACGAAGGAGAGUGUAAGAAGGAGCCUGAGUUCCCAGUGGAGCUGGCAAGUGGAGAGAAGUCCAGCUACAUCUGCCACAAGGGCCAUGAGUUCAUCCCUACACUCUACCACUUCCCUACCAACUGUGAGGCGUGCACCAAGCCCCUGUGGCACAUGUUUAAGCCUCCUCCUGCCCUGGAGUGCAGGCGCUGCCACAUCAAGUGUCACAAGGACCACAUGGACAAGAAGGAAGAGAUCAUCGCACCCUGCAAAGUGAACUAUGAUGUGUCCAUGGCCAAGAACUUGCUGCUGCUGGCUGUGUCGCAGGAGGAGCAGCAAGAGUGGGUGGGACGACUGGUCAAGAAGAUCACAAAGAAGCCGCCGGCCCCUGAGCACUUUGCCCGCUCCUCGCCCCGUGUCUCCAUGAAGGUCCAGCCCAGCCAGUCCAUGAGGCGGCCCAGCAGACAGCUGCCCCCCAGCAAGAACAGAUUGCUCGACUUUGGCCUACAGGACUGGCAUUGGGAGUUAGAUGAUAUCGAUGAUGAUGCUUUUGAUUUCUGAUGAGCAGAUAGGGUAAAAGCCUAGGUAAAUCCCGAGAAAGGCAUGUUGUGCAGUGAGUUUGGUUGUAUUGGAAUAGAACUUGGAUAUUCUCAGCUGAAUAUUGUCUAUUCUUAUAUUUCUCUAAUCUAUUGCCUGGUGUUCGUGUACCUGAAUUUAAGAAAUUAAAUGUGCAUGUGUUCUCGUCUUCAUAGUUGAAUGUCAGGAAAUAUUACAAACACUUUUAGGUUUCCAGGAACCCUACCACACUACUGGAUCUGAUUCCUGUGAUCGGACCCUUAAAACGCUUUCCUUUCUGGAUAUCCCUUUUCUUAUAUCAGCCUCCUACUGAACCCUGUGUGACCUUUUCCCUUUGACCUCAGUCCCCCUAGAGCCGACACCCCCAGGAUGCAACGAGAAGACUCCAAAAGUGGCCAUUGAGACAUCAUGACUUACAUCUUCUCUGUGUGUUUCAGAUUGACUCGUUUUUUUAAUGUAGAAGAGUGUUAUAAUAUGAUGGUUUGUAUGUUUAUUUACGAUGACUGACGUUUUGCAAUAAAACAUGCAAUCAAAAGAUCCAUUCUGCAAAGUUGUGUGACUAUGGGUGGUUGUAUGUGUGACAGCUGCAUGCUGUGUGUGGUGAUGCAGGCAAUGUCACUGAGCUGUGGGUUGGUUUUAGAGAAACUAAUACUUUUCCCCUCUGUUUUCUCUUUCUCCAGUUAACCUUACUUGGGAAUGUGGUGCUGGUUCGAGGUGGUGGGUGUUUCCUCCUAACACGCAAUCAAAAGACUGAUAACAAACAAUGUUCCACUUGGCAUUUCCUCCAUGCACAACUUUGAUUGCACUUCACUCUUCCAGAAGACUUCUCUAUCUAUUCCACUUCUGCCUUGUCUUUUUUGCCAGUCACUUCAACUGCUAGUCUCCCAAGAACAAUGUGCCAACACAACUACUUGUUGUCUGUGUGCAUACAAAGAGCAACUUCUCUCCAGGUUCCUUAAGGAGGGGGUGAGGCGAGGGGAUGUCGAGGCCAUGGGAAGGGGUUUGGCUUUGGACUUUGUAUCCAGAUUUUCACUCAACACAGAACAGCAGCCUCAAUUAAGCUAAACGGCAUGUGAGAGCAGAGGGACUUACCUUGACAACACUUAAGAAAUCCACAUUGGAAAAAGCAGAGAUCAAGAGAUGAGGUUUGAGGUGAUCUGCCAACCUGAAUGUUCGUGGCAAAGACAAUUCUUUAUAUAAUACAGUUCACGAUUACAAGCCAUCGUAAGUAUCUAGUGCAGAACACUACGCCCACAAGGAGAACUAUACUGUAAACUGGUAGGUGGAUAGAGUUGAAGUUCAGAUGCUAACACUUACCUAAUAGCACUUCACCCUGGCAUUGCCUUAAUGUACUUACACCAUGCAGCAUGACAAUUUAAGAGGGAAAUGUUUAAUGCACCAGCUGAAUGCAAGGAGUGCAGCAUUAAUACCAUAGCUUUACUCCUUCAUUGUUUGGUUGUACAUCUGAGCAAACCAGAGAUGAAGCACGAGUAUUGUAUGACUUAGAAGUUAUGCUGUUUAUUUUCUAUUCAAAAUCAACUUGGAGGGCCCCCCUACCAUCUUCAAAAUCAACUUGGAGGGCCCCCCUACCAUCUUCAAAAUCAACUUGGAGGGCCCCCCUACAUUUUUCAGUGUGCUGUUGCCUACAUGCCUUUCUUUUGGAAGUCCACCCGUAAGAUUUGUAUUUUUCUCCAUGGAAGAGGGGAACAUCAAGUUUACGUAUCUUUGUUUAAAUAAAGAUGGAAAAAGACUACAAAUGUAUUCAUUCACAAGCUGAAAGUAUGGAACAGUAACCUGUAAUGGAAGCUUUUUGAAUGUUUCCGAUAUUUUUGUAAAGAAUUCCUCUUAGCACGUGGUGUGCAUCUGGCUCAUAUUUCAGGUGGAGAGUGAUGGUGUGCUCUCCUUUAUUCAAGCUUCUAAAAAGCACGUUUUAUACAUAUUAAUAUACAAUAUUUUACAUGACAUACAGUGCACAUUGUAUUAUUUAUACUGCCUUGUCCACUUUGUAUUUAAAGGCGCUUCAUCCAGAAUGCAUGUUUGAUAUUGCUACAAUAAAGAAAUGUAUGUGCCUUCUGGUUUAGGUCA